CUUGCACCACUUUGAAACUGUGCAAUUGUCACAAGUUGCACAGCUAUAAUUCGGCUCUCGUGAGUCCCGCAGCAGCUCUACUUCUGCCAUCUCGCACAUCAUUCAUCUACCAUGUCUCAAUACAGAGACCCGUAUUCUGAGCAGCAACAAGACAGUCACAACCAGCAGUAUGGUGAUGCAUCAUACGAUACCAGGCAACCGCACCAGGCGUACGACCAAGGCGGCUAUGAUCCCCAGACAAUGGGCGAGUACAGAGACGACCCCAAUGCGAACCCACAAGUUGCCGCUACAUCGUAUGCUCCAGCAGCACAGGAAAUGAACCCUUAUGAGCAGCCAAACUAUGCGAAAAAAAAUGGACGCCAAUCUCAGGAUUUCAAGACCUGGAGAGGUGAGAACACUGCUGGUCUAUGGACAAGGGGCAGCCGAGUUAGCUGCAUAGGGAGGUUCUGCUGUUGCACAAUGAUGAUUGCUGUCUUUCUCAUUGUCAGCAUACUGCUUGCACUGCUUAUGUGGGUCCGUCCUCCGGAUGCUAUUGUUGGUAAUGUAGGGCCGUCUACCACUCAAAAUGCGGUUCAGCUGAACUCGGGAAGCAUUACCGUUAACCUGGGCGUUAAUCUAACCGUUGUCAACCCAAAUUACUUCGGCGUAUCUUUCAAGUCCAUAAACGUAGAUGCAUAUUACCCCAUCAACAAUACUCUUGUCGGAACUGGCCAGGAAACUGACAUCACCUUCAAUUCUAACUCGCAAACCAACUUCACCUUCCCAUUUUCGCUGGAAUUCAGUACAAACAUGACUUCAAGCACACAAAUCUUAACUGAUCUCGCUACAAAAUGUGGUGUAGGUGGUGGAGCAGUGCAAGAUAUUACAAUCGAUCUUGACAUCACGGUUGGAUUACGCGUCUUAUUUUUCGUGGUUUACCCGGUGGUGAGCAUUCCCGCCAGUUUCGCAUGCCCGAUAUCUGCUUCAGACAUUUCGAGUUUGAUUCCAUCUCUUACUUCAUUGAUACCGUGAUUUUACUGGACGAGAAUGUAGCUAUGCAUCCCAUUUUUGUAUCUCUUCUUGGACAUAGACUUACACGUAGUUACACCGACUUUGUUGCCAGUUUGUAUAAAGGAUGGUUAUUAUCUUACUAUUUGACGCUAGAUAGGUUUCUCGGCACCGUCACGCA